AUGGCGCCAGAGGAGACUGCUGGCCUCAAAGGCUCUUCUCUGAAUGGCUCUCAUGAGCCGAAACAUACCGAAGCCGAACGUACUGGUGAUAUUGAUGGUACCAGAGACCAUGUCGACUACAUCCAAGGUUCUCGGUUCUGGCUGAUUUGCACAGCCAUGGUGAUAAUGAUGUUCAUGACGAACUUCGAAGUCCCUGUGGUCAUAACAGCUCUAGUGGCUAUCAGUAGCGAACUGGGAGGAUUUGGUAAUGUAGGCUGGGUCAUCGCGAGCUAUCUACUAGGCUACGUCGCUGUCAUUGUCAUUUUCGCCAAGUUCAGCGAUAUUUUCGGCCGGAAGCCCAUCCUUUUGUUGUCGAUUGCUGUUUUCAUCGUCUUAUCUGCAGCUUGCAGUGCCUCCCAAACUCUGCUGCAGCUGAUCGUUUUUCGAGCUUUCCAAAGCAUCGGCGGCGGUGGAUGCUUCUCCCUUUGCACCAUCAUGGUCACCGAUCUUGUCCCGCCCGAGAAAUACACACAGUUUGUGUCCAACAUUUCUGUGACCAAUGCUAUAGCACUCUUACUGGGACCAAUUGUUGGCGGUGCUAUUGCCGCCCACACGACGUGGAGAUGGAUAUUCAUCAUCAACGUUCCUAUCUCUGCUCCGGCUUUCUUGAUAGCCAUCCUCGCGAUCCCUAAAGACUUUCCUCAUCACAUUCGAGCGAACGGCGAACGGGAAAACAGGCUUACAGCGGCCUUCGAGGGUGCUAACAAAGAGUUUCCCUGGAGAUCUGCAUUUGUCAUUACGCUCGUUGCUGUAUCUGGGGUUCUCUGGAUCUUGCUUGUUCUUUGGGAACGACAUGUUACCAUAGCCAACCAAGUUCGAGAACCGAUCCUGCCUUGGAGGUUUCUGGUUAGUCGUGAGAUGAUGGGUAUAUUGCUGAACUUUGUGCUGUUAGGAGGACCAACAGUGAUUGGAAUGUUCAUCAUUCCCCAGAGGUUCGAACUUGUCUACGGGGCAUCCGGCCUAGAUGCUGGUGUCAGACUGAUACCGUUUACCUUUUUCAUGGCGGUCGGUUCCAUUCUUGCCUCGAUUAUGGCCACUAAGAUGAAGAUACCAGCGAUAUAUGUAGUAAUCGCCGGGUCUUGUCUUCAAGUGUUGGGGUUUGCCUUGAUUGGUACACUACCGUCAACUCUCUAUAUACCUCCCAAGAUAUAUGGCUUCGAGAUCAUUGCUGGCUUGGGCUGUGGGAUGAAUUAUGCACUGCUAUUCGUCCUAGUCCCAUUCGUGGUUGAGGAGCGCGAUCGCGCGGUCGGCCUAGGAGUCGCAUCGCAGUUCAGAUUCGUGGGCAGCUCAAUGUUGUUAGCGAUUUCAACCUCAAUAUUCAAUGGAUAUGUGCGAUCGCGAUUAGAAGCUCUUCUGGAAAUUUCAAAUUCUGAUUUACUCAGCACUUUCCUGUUCACAUUGCCUCAAGAGCUUCAGGAACAAGCGCGUUACAUUCUAGCAGAAGGAUACAACCGCCAGAUUCUUGCUUUAUGUGUCUCGGCAGCUCUCCAAGUACCGGCAUCAUUGCUUAUGUGGAAGAAGAAACAGGUUGUCGUUUGA